UGGAGCAUCACGUGCGGUGCAGCGCGCGGCUACUGCCGCUGCCAUGGCAACACCAGACACCAUCUCCGGGCACUAGGCAGUCAGUGCAGGUGGCACGAGGUGAUCAAUGCAGCCGUGAUGCAAGGCUCCGAUGGUCAGCCGAGACCACGGGCACGUUUCGGACCCGUGGAUGCUGGACCCGGAGCUCAGGAGGCACAUCCAGAAUUGUCCGUGUCCAUGCAACCAUAUGGGAUAUGGUAAUUUGCUUGACUACCAGAUUCCACCGUGUCCUCGGGGCCAUUCAUACAGAGAGACCUCUUUCAAUGUGGUACCACAAUUUUACGGUGGCAUCGGAGACCAUUAUUACCAUUCAUACAACUAUAGACGUUCUUCGUCAUUAGAAACAUGUUCGUGUAGUUCCGAUAGUGACUCAUCUAGAGUAUCGUUUAGGGGUCCCUGGUGUGUCUGCUUCAUCGUGUGCGUUUUGAUUGCGACUUUAACAGCAGGUUUAGGUCUUCCAUUCGCUUUAAAUCCACAACUGCCGCCUCAAACCCAAGAGGACAGGCUGAAUGUCGUUCGUCGUUUGUUAAAGGAACACCCACUGAUAGAUGGUCAUAACGAUCUGCCAUGGAACCUUAGGAAGUUCGUUCACAAUAAAAUUUUUAAUUUAAACCUCAGUGCAUUAAUCGACGAAGAGCCGUGGUCGAAAAGCCAAUGGUCACACACCGACAUACCGCGCUUAAGACAGGGUCUCUUAGGGGCCCAGUUCUGGUCAGCUUAUGUGCCUUGUAAAGCUCAACAUUUGGAUGCGGUGCAGAUAACGCUGGAACAGAUCGAUGUUAUAAAGCGGCUGGUGGACUACAAUUCCAAACAUUUUUCACUUGUGAAGAGUGUCCACGAAAUUAGAAAAACCCAUAAAGAAGGGAAGAUCGCUUCUUUAAUAGGAGUGGAAGGAGGUCAUGCACUGGGCAAUUCUUUGGCUGUUUUGAGAACGUUUUACAAUUUAGGGGCUCGUUACCUAACCAUAACUCAUUCCUGUGACACCCCUUGGGCCAAAGGAACCAAUUCGCAACACGAGGAUGGUUUGAGUAAUUUUGGUAGGAAAGUAAUUAAGGAAAUGAACCGCUUAGGGAUGAUUAUAGACCUUUCACACACAUCAAUGAACACUGCCAAAGCGGCCAUAAAUUCGUCGCAUGCUCCUGUGAUUUUUUCGCACUCCAGCGCGUAUUCCAUUUGUAAUUCAACACGCAACGUCCCCGAUGAAGUACUAAAACUUAUAGCGCACAACGGUGGUAUUGUAAUGGUAAACUUCUACAACUACCACGUCACCUGUAACGAAACUGCCACUGUACAAGACGUAAUUAGACACAUCAAUCACAUUAGAGAUGUUGCUGGGAUUGAUCACGUGGGCAUAGGUGCGGGAUACGAUGGCAUCAAUAUGACACCAUCCGGCUUAGAAGACGUGUCGAAGUACCCCUACCUUCUAGCUGAACUUCUUACGGAUCCAUCUUGGACGGAGGAUGAUAUUUUAUCUUUAGCUGGUCUUAAUUUAAUUCGUGUUUUCGAGAAAGUAGAAGAAAUCCGUGACAAAUGGAAACUUGCUGAUAUAUUACCUGUAGAAGAUACUGCCCCACCUAUUCAUAAUAAGUGUUCUUCGUUAUAUUCCUGACCCUAAACAUAAUUUUAUUCAAUUUAAUAUACGGUUUAUUCAACCUUUUAUAUAAAUUUUAUAAAUUUUUAUAUUUUCUUACUGGAAAUAUUGUAAAAAUGUAGUUGGAAGCAUGUUUCUGCUACAAGAAAUCUAAUCGUGUUGUAUUGUUGUAUUUUUAUUUUGCAUAUGUACAAAUAAUUAUAUUAUUGUUAUCAAAUAUAGGAAAAAUUUAAAUUUUAGAUUUAUAAUAAAGUUAAUGAAGUAGAAA